AUGUAGAUUCGAUGUACUUAAGCUGAUCAUCGAAAUCAAUAAAUACUAGGGAUUUGCAUAGAUAGUACAUGCCCAAAUUAAAGACCCUAUUGUAAUUUUUGUUUGCCUCGCCAUAAUCAACAUCUUGAAAAGUUAACAUCUUUCGAACUGUUAUCUGAAUGGAUUAAAGAAAGAAUCCUUUAGGUUCAGAUCAUAUAAAAUAAUGUUUAAGAGGGUAAAAUUGCCCUUGAUCGUUUAAUUAAUUUGUUCCUUCCUUAUAAUUGCUUAGCGGUUUCAUAAUUCCCAGAAUUAGGAGUAUCACAGAUUGACUAAUUAAUAAAAGGUUUAUGUUUAAUGGAAGAUUGCGAAAAAAAGUUAUUUAAAUAAAUGAAAGAAUCAAUCGAAUAAAUAAAAUCAACUGUAAAUGAAAUACUAAAAAAGAUAAAGAAUCAAACAAAUGUAAAGUAAGAUGAUAAUUUAUAAACUCCAAACUUGAUUAUAUAAUAAUCAAAAAAUCAAUCUGGAAUAAAACCUUAAAAUCUAAACCAAUUCACCUUUUAAAUCAUGAAUUAAAAUACAAUUAAGUAAAAUGAAUAGUGUUGUGCUAUUGCUUUUAAUAAAGAUUGCUCAAUCGUGGUAGCUGGAUGUGAUAAGAAUAUUAAAGUAUUUAAACAUAGAUAAGGGAAACUCGAUUAAAUAUAAAGACUAAGUGAGCAUAAAUAUGAUGUAUGUACUUUGAAUUUCAUGAAAAAUACAAAUAAUUUUGUAUCUGGAAGUCAAGAUAAGUCAAUUAUAAUAUGGUAAGAGAUAGGAAAUAGUUAAUGGAAAUGUUAAUAAAUAUUGAAUGGACAUUCAAAUUCUAUAUAUUGUUUAUAAUUAAAUAAUACUGAUGAUCUAAUUAUCUCAGGUAGUUUAGAUAACACAAUAAAAUUUUGGAUGAAAUAGGAUAAGUGGAUGUGUUAAUAAACCAUAACUGAUCAUACUUAAUAAGUAUUUUCAUUAAGCUUAAAUGAUCAAUAAAAUAAAUUGAUAUCUUGUUCA